AUGCCUGCCAAGCAAAAGUCGCCUGUCUACGUCCUGGGCGUGGGCAUGACCAAGUUCAUCAAGCCCCGAGGCCUGGUGGACUACACUGAGCUCGGAUUCGAAGCUGGUAUAAAGGCUCUCCUCGACGCUCAGAUUAACUACGACGAUGUCGACCAAGGCGUCGCCUGCUACUGCUACGGCGACAGCACCUGCGGUCAGCGUGUCUUUUACCAAUUUGGCAUGACCAAGAUUCCCGUCUACAACGUCAACAACAACUGCUCCACUGGCAGCACUGGACUGGCCAUGGCCCGUACCUUCAUCGCGAGCGGUGCUGCCAACUGCGUCAUGGUUGUGGGCUUCGAGAAGAUGAUGGCUGGUAGCUUGCAGAGCUUCUGGAACGACCGCGAGAACCCCAUCGGCACCACUGUCAACAUGAUGGUUGAAACCCGGGGAUUCGAACCCGCCCCCGGCGCGGCUCAGAUGUUCGGCAACGCUGGCCGCGAAUACAUAGAGAAGUAUGGUGCCAAGCCCGAGGACUUUGCUGAGAUUGCUCGUGUCAACCACGCCCACUCUCCCAAGAAUCCCUACUCGCAGUUCCAGCAGGUCUAUACCCUCGACCAGAUUAUGCAGGCACCCAAGAUCUUCGACCCUCUCACCAAGCUUCAGUGCUGCCCUACCUCCGAUGGAGGCGCUGCUGCCAUCCUCGUCUCCCAGGAGUUCCUUGAUGCCCGCCCUCACCUCAAGGCUCAGGCCGUCGAGGUUGCUGGGCAGUGCCUGGCCACUGAUGCUCCCAGCCUGUUUUCCCGCAGCUCCAUUGACCUGAUGGGCUAUGAGAUGACCCAGCACGCUGUAAAGACAGCCAUGGGCGAGGCCGGCAUCACCCCCAAAGACGUGCAGGUUGUCGAGCUGCACGACUGCUUCAGUGCCAACGAGAUGGUUGUCAUUGAUGCCCUCGGUCUUAGUGAGAAGGGCAAGGCCCACGAGCUCGUCCGCCGCGGCGACAUCACCUACGGCGGCAAGUACGUCAUCAACCCCUCUGGCGGUCUCAUCUCCAAGGGCCACCCUCUGGGCGCCACGGGUAUUGCGCAGUGUGCCGAGCUUGUCUGGCAUCUGCGUGGAUGGGCCAACAACCGCGCAGCUCCCAACACCACGUACUGCCUGCAGCACAACCUGGGCCUCGGUGGUGCCGUUGUCGUGACCGUCUAUCGCCGUGCGGAUGGCAAGGCUGCUCCCGAGCUGGACAAUGCAGCCGUUGGCAAGUCCAACGGCCUCGGCUACAACCCGGCAGUCGAAGCCAAGGGCUUCACCAAGGACCAGGCUGCCGCUGUUCGUAGCAAGACUGCCUCUAGCGACUGGGCCCUGUCGGACACUCAGGAGAAGGUUCUCCAGGCUCAGCUGUAA